AUUUCUCCUAUCUCUGUUCUCCACGCGUCUACAUCAUCGCAUCCUGUGGCGCGCAUCGCGUGGAGCAGCCCCAUCAUGGCCCCGCUAUCAUUAUGACGUACUCUUCGCGUUGAGCUCCAUAACAAAACCAAAGACCCGGAAAGCUCAUCACAGCAUUCAACAACACUCACGAAUUAUAAACACUUGACAAAACCACGCUCAAUAUAGCAACCAGUCCCUCAAACAAUAUCAAGAUGGCCAGCGCAACUAGGAAAGACCUCCUCAAGAAGGUCUACAACAUGGUACCGCCCAUGCUUGAAAGCUUCCACAAGGGUCAAUUGGGUCGCGUAGCUGUUAUCGGCGGUAGUGAAGACUACACUGGCGCGCCCUACUUCUCUGCUAUGGCAUCCGCAAAGCUAGGUUGUGACAUGUCUCACGUAAUCUGCGAACCCGGUGCCGGUGCGGUGAUCAAGACUUACUCUCCCAACCUCAUGGUGCAUCCAUACAUGCGUCAAUCGAAGAACCUCGCCAAGACCGAAAGCGCAGAGAGCAUCACCUCAGAAGUCGUUAGCAUGCUAUCACGCCUACAUGUUAUCGUCAUUGGUCCCGGCCUUGGUCGUGAUGAGCUCAUGCAAAACACCUGCGCACAGGUUAUCCAGGAGGCAAGGAAACAAGGCAUUCCGUUCGUGCUGGACGCAGACGGUCUCUACCUUGCGCAGACAAGACCGGAGCUUGUGGAUGGCUGCACCGAGUGUAUACUCACACCCAACGUUGUUGAGUUCGGAAGGCUAGCCAAGGCUAAGGGUGUAGAUGUCAAUGAAGGCGAUCCUUCAGAGCUCUGCGCCAAAUUGUCAAAGGCUUUUGGCGGCGUCACCAUUAUUCAGAAGGGCUCCAAGGACUACAUAUCCAAUGGCUCGCACACACUCGUAUCCGAGGGUGAGGGUGGUCUAAAGCGCUCUGGUGGCCAAGGUGAUACUCUUACCGGCAGUUUGGCGACCUUGUUGGCAUACAGGAAAGCAUACCACGACAAGAUCUGGGAUAUCGGAACCGAGAUGUCGAGGAGUGAGACACUUGCUCUUGCAGCAUAUGGUGGAUCAUGCAUUACCAGGGAGUGCUCGAAGCUUGCAUUCAAGGAGAAGGGCAGGUCGCUACAAGCCAGCGACUUGACUGAACAUGUGCACACUGCUUUCUUGAACGUCAUCGGUGAGAGGGAAGAGACUCCUAACUUGUAAGUUGGGUAUGGCAACAUUG